UCACUCGACACGCACGCGGAAAGAUGACGGUCGUGGGAUGGGCCAAUUAGGGAAGGCCUCUCUAAGGAAAUUGAGGCAUGCUGAACGCUUCGCAUAGUGAUCGCCGCGCUUGGACAGAGACUCUUUGCCAGGAGAGAGACCAUGCACAGGCGAAUCCUCCACAAACACACCUGCACCAUGCACCACCAUGCAUCGGUAUGUGUAGGGAUUGCCUGCCCGCCCGCCCGCCUGUGAGUGCUCACAUGAUUCUUGUUCGUCGCCACUGACGUAAGCAGCGAGCCAGUUGAAAAGGAGGUCUUCGCAGUUCCGCUCGCAACUUGUCACAUCAACCACCUGUCUGAAUGAUGCAUGCAUGAAAGCAAGCAAAGGUACGCGUAGGCAAACGACAUUGAGCUAGUGUGUACCGACCGAGGCACAAGCUUCAUGUGGUCCAACAUGAGCGACGUUGGCCACAAGAGCCGCGUCCGUCAGAGCAAGAUUGUCUUGGCCGGUGCCAUAGUACAGGGCCUUUGUGCCAUCCACACACUGGCGAAUCGACCUCCGAGUGUCGGGGCCACUGAUUAUCCGCCUCGGAAAUAGCCUUGCUGCCAAUAGCAAGUUCUGGAUUGUGGCUGCAGGCAUGGAAAACAGGUCGAGGAACGAGCAGCAGAUCCCAUACAUAUCGACCCCCCAGUCUGCGUGCGUACCGCACUGCCAGUCGAAGAUCGUGUCAUCGUCUAAAACGAACGUGAAGGGUGUAUCGAUGGACUCGGCGACAUAAAACCUCUCACCCAGGUCCCUCUCUCCCGGGAGCACUCGAGUCUUCGUCGAGUUGAGCCCUGUUAGUUGCUCUUGCAGCACCCCUCGGAAGUCAUCGAUGGACUGGCCGGGCGGCACCCACGUGUCAAGCACGACUUCCUUGACGAGGACGCAUUUCUCGAGCUUGCGGACGUAACGAUUGAUUCAGCGCUCCGAACAAAAAGGGCCCAUCGUCACAGCCACAGUAACUGAGUCCUGCAUUGAACGGCGGGAGAGAGCAGGGGCAACAGUGUCUGUCUGUCAGUCUGUCUGUCUGUCUGUCUGUCGCAGUGAUGAAUCACCUGUAAGUUGUCUGUGUUGGAUUCGUUUCUCCGCAGUGUCAGCGUGGUCUGGCUGCUGAAAGGCACGUACGAAUGACGACGACAGAACGACAU